UUUUUGUCUCAAAAACUCGCUCAGCAGAUUGAUGUGGAGCUUAUGGGUCCAGCCAUUGGAUACUCCAUCGACCAGUUGAUGGAGCUUGCUGGUUUAAGUGUUGCACAAGCCAUUUCUCGUGAAUAUGCUUCAUCUACCCACAAAAACAUAUUAGUGUGUGUUGGCCCAGGCAAGUACAGAAAUAACGGCGGUGAUGCUCUUGUUGCUGCAAGACAUCUAUGUUUGUUUGGAUACAGUCCAGAAAUAUACUAUCCCAAACGUCCACAAAAACCACUGUAUCAGAGUUUGGUUGAACAAUGUCGAUCGUUUGAUAUUCCAUUUGUGAAUACGAUAGAGCCUCCAUUCAAACACAACUUGAUUGUUGAUGGGAUAUUUGGCUUUAGUUUUUCAGGCGAGAUUCGAGCUCCGUUUGAUUCAGUCAUCAGUGCCUUGAAGUCGACCAAGAUUCCGAUUGUCUCGAUUGACAUUCCAUCUGGAUGGAAUGUAGAGCAAGGAAAUGUAACCCAUCAAGGAUUUGUACCAGAAAUGCUAGUAUCUCUUACUGCUCCCAAGAUUGGUGUUCGAGAUGUCAAAUUCAAGCAUCAUUAUUUGGGCGGUAGGUUUGUUCCACUUGCUUUGGCAUUGAAAUACCAGCUUGAUAUUCCCGUGUAUCCAAGCUCUGAUCAAAUCGUAAAUAUAUCGGAUUUUUGA